AUGCCACCUAAACCACCGCUCCGUCUCCCCACCAAACCGCGCACAGCAUCCAUCCCACGUGUCAAACCAGCUCUACCCACCCGACCCGUAAAACCCCUCCCCCGAGGUGCGCCGCCGCCGCCUUCACGCUCCCCCACCAAGUCCAGCGCACCACGACAACCUCAAUCGCAAUGGCUUGACCAACGCGCCCUCGGCUCCCCCCACCGCUACUGGCUAAAAUGGGGCAUCAACGGCAUCGUCCUGUGCUCUGGCCUCCUCUUCAUCCGCGACUACUUGUUCGAGAUCCAAGCCGUACGCGGCACCUCCAUGUCACCGACGCUCAACCCGCACACGCACGAGACAGGCUCGUCAGAAUCCGUGUUCAUACGGCGCUAUAUACCGGGUGCGCGAGAAAGAAAGACCGCAAGCGAGAAAGAUUAUAAAUGGAGCAUCCGCCGCGGCGACGUCGUAACGUUUUGGAAACCGCAUAAACCGGGUGAAAUGGGGAUUAAACGCGUCAUCGCCGUCGAGGGCGACACUGUGUAUCCAACGCGGGGCUACGCGCUUGACCCUGCGGCUAGGGAGGGUAGGUUGGGCGGAUUGCCGGAUGGGUUUUUGGAUGAGGAUGUUGGGUCGGUUGUGCAUGGAAGGGAGGAGGAGGUGGCUAGGGUGGUUGUGCCGUAUGGACAUGUGUGGCUGGAGGGGGAUAAUGCGAGGAGUAGUCUUGAUAGCAAUUUCUUUGGGCCGGUUAGUAAAGGUCUUGUGCAAGGGAAGGCGGUGAGGGUUUGGAGUGGGUGGUUUGGGUGGAGGGAUGUGGGGGAUAUGAGGGGGGAGGCGGAGAGGCGGUUGGGGAGUAGGGUUGUCGAGGGGAGGAGUGAGGUUCCUGCUGCGUUUUUGGAGUGA